GUGAAGUGUCAAAUUCGAGGAAGAGAAGAUGUGGUCGUCAUUAUGGGAAACAGCCAAGCUAACACCAUUUUCAACACCUUUUACAACGGUUAGGUGUCAGGGUCAAGAUGAGAGUAUGCAAUCGCUCGUUAAAAAUCGCAACAUCUCAGCUGCCUCUACGGAUGCAGGUGACAGUUGCGAAUUUGGUUCCAACAAAUAUUUCAUGUUAUGCGGACUUGGAGGAAUUUUGUCUUGUGGAAUAACUCAUACCAUGGUUACUCCAUUGGAUUUAGUAAAAUGCCGUAUUCAAGUAGACCCAGCUAAAUAUAAAUCAGUUUUCAAUGGUUUUCGAGUAACUUUAGCUGAAGAUGGAACUAGAGGUUUGGUAAAAGGUUGGGCACCAACAUUUUUUGGUUAUUCUAUUCAAGGAAUGUUCAAAUUUGGUCUUUAUGAAGUCUUUAAAGUUUAUUAUUCCGCUCUUGCUGGCGAAGAGUUAUCUUAUGAAUACAGAACUACCUUAUACCUCAUUUCUUCGGCAUCUGCAGAAUUCUUUGCAGACAUUGGUUUAGCUCCACUCGAAGCCGCUAAGGUCAGAAUUCAGACCAUGCCAGGCUUUGCAAAUACCUUAAGAGAGGCAUUCCCAAAGAUGUAUGCAGAUGAAGGUUUUGGUGGUUUUUACAAAGGUCUGGUACCUUUGUGGUUGCGUCAAAUUCCAUAUACCAUGAUGAAAUUCUCAUGCUUCGAACGUACCCUUGAAUUAUUGUACAAGUAUGUGGUACCUAAGCCAAGAUUAGAAUGUAGUAAGGGUGAACAGUUAGUCGUUACUUUUGCUGCGGGUUAUAUUGCUGGUGUAUUUUGUGCAAUUGUUUCUCAUCCUGCUGAUUCCGUUGUUUCCAAGCUAAAUCAAGAAAAAGGAGCUACAGCUGGUGAUGUAUUGAAAAAACUUGGUUUUGCUGGUGUGUGGAAAGGACUGGGACCUAGGAUUAUUAUGAUCGGUACUCUUACAGCGGCACAGUGGUUCAUUUAUGAUGCAGUAAAAGUUUGGUUACGUAUGCCACGUCCACCACCACCAGAAAUGCCAGAGUCUCUCAAAAAGAAGUAUGGUAUUGCUUAAAUACUAUACUUGGUUAACUUUUUAAUUGGAUCAUUGAAAGAUCACAGUUAGAAGAUAAACCAUAGGCAAAUUCAAUUAAUUUCAUACAAUACAUUGUUGAACAAUGUCCAACAAUUUCCUUUUUUGUGUAUUUAUUCAUCAGUAAAUUAAUAAACUCAUCAGUGAAGGCAACACUGCCAGACUAUUAGAAGUGAGAAUAAACUGUAAUAUUAUUCCACGACGGAAAAAAAAAA